AUGUCACGAGUCAGACUCGACAAAGAUUCCCCUGUCGCAAACCGCGGGACAAUUGCAGAUGGAUUGGUCCUGUCAAGCCGGCUCAUACUGCUGUACCUGACACAGCCGGGUCAAUUCGCCGACGAGAGGGUGGGAAGACUAGCAUGGCAGCAAUGGGAGGGCAGUCGGACCUCUGGACCCCUAAGCCUUGAAUUGAUAAUUCUUGCAUCUAUCAGCAUCGUUGUUGUGUUAAUCUCCACCGACAACGAUAUCUGCCCAACAACACCUGUUUCGGCGAGCGACAGGAGAUUUCCAGGUGGCUGGCCAGCAGCAGGGGUGCGUGGAGCCAGCACCGGGCCUUCACCGGGAUAG